GGCCCCGCGCGGCGAUGGCUGCGAUGGCGGCUGCGCUGCGGGGAGCUGGCGGGCGCUUCCGGUGGCGGAUUGGGGCUGCUGCUGCGGCGGCGGCGGCGGGCGGGGUGCGGGGCGCGGCACGGAGGGCAGCAGGCCGGCAGAACUAUGAUCUCCUGGUGAUUGGCGGGGGAUCUGGCGGCCUGGCCUGUGCCAAGGAAGCUGCUCAGCUGGGAAAGAAGGUGGCCGUGGUAGACUACGUGGAGCCUUCCCCCCAAGGUACCAGGUGGGGCCUCGGUGGCACGUGCGUGAAUGUUGGCUGCAUCCCUAAGAAGCUGAUGCACCAGGCAGCACUGCUAGGGGGCAUGAUCCGCGAUGCCCCCCACUACGGCUGGGCCCUCCAGCCGGUCCCGCAUAACUGGACGACAAUGGCCGAGGCCGUGCAGAACCAUGUCAAGUCCCUGAACUGGGGGCACCGGGUCCAGCUGCAGGAUAGAAAAGUCAUGUACUUUAACAUCAAGGCCAGCUUUGUCGACGCACACACGAUUUGCGGUGUCUCUAAAGGCGGGAAAGAGACUCUGCUUUCGGCUGAGCAUAUUGUCAUUGCUACCGGAGGGCGGCCGAGGUACCCGACCCACAUCGAAGGUGCCCUGGAAUAUGGAAUUACAAGUGAUGACCUCUUCUGGCUGAAGGAAUCCCCUGGAAAAACGUUGGUGGUCGGGGCCAGCUACGUGGCCCUGGAGUGUGCUGGCUUCCUUACCGGUCUCGGAUUGGACACGACCGUCAUGAUAAGAAGCAUCCCUCUCCGGGGCUUUGACCAGCAAAUGUCUUCCUUGGUCACGGAGUACAUGGCAUCUCAAGGCACCCGAUUCCUGAGAGGCUGUACCCCCUCCAGAGUACGGAGGCUCUCAGAUGGCCAGCUCCAGGUUACCUGGAGGACCUCAGCUCUGGCAAGGAGGACAUGGGCACUUUCAAACACCGUUCUGUGGGCCAUAGGUCGCAUUCCAGAAACCAGAAGCCUGAAUUUAGAGAAGGCUGGAGUACAACACCAGCCCACCAGUCAGAAGAUCCUGGUCGAUGCUCAGGAAACCACCUCCGUCCCCCACAUUUAUGCCAUCGGAGAUGUAGCAGAGGGGCGGCCUGAGCUGACACCCACGGCCGUAAUGGCAGGAAAGCUCCUGGCCCAGCGGCUGUGUGGUCAGUCCUCAGACGUGAUGGAUUACGACAACGUUCCCACCACCGUCUUCACCCCGCUGGAGUACGGCUGUGUGGGGCUGUCGGAGGAGGAGGCUGUGGCUCGCCACGGGGAGGAGCACGUGGAGGUUUAUCACGCAUAUUAUAAACCCUUGGAGUUCACAGUGGCUGAGCGGGAUGCGUCCCAGUGUUACAUAAAGAUGGUGUGCUUGCAGAAGCCCCCACAGCUGGUACUGGGCCUGCACUUCCUUGGCCCCAACGCAGGCGAAGUUACUCAAGGAUUUGCUCUGGGGAUCAAGUGUGGGGCCUCCUAUGCGCAGGUGAUGCGGACAGUGGGCAUCCACCCCACCUGCGCUGAGGAGGUGGCCAAGCUGCGUAUCUCGAAGCGCUCGGGCCUGGACCCCACCGUGACGUGCUGCUGAGGGUAAGCAGCCAUCCCUGCCCAGCCAAGGGCACGCGGCACGCCUGCAGCCCCCCACGGCCAGUUCUUCGGAGGCUCAGAUCCAGGACACCAGAGGCUGAGCCCAGGCAAGCCUCACCCCUGGAGAGCCCCGGAGGUCGUCGGCGUGGGUGGCCUCUGGACGGACUGCCCGCGUGCCCCGCAGGGAUGGCUCCAGGGCUUGUCAGCCCCUGCACCUCGCGCACCCUCCUGCCCGGGCCAGCCCCACCAGCCCCCGAUGCCAGAAGAUGACGGUGUGUGCAGAAACCCACCCUGUGGGCUGCCCACAUCCCGAGCUCUCCACCUGGUAUUUCUGGAGUGUAAAUAAAGAGGGUGUUUUCCUGAA